GAUGACUGCCACACACCAGAGACCAACCGCCACGCUGACUUUGACUUUUUGUUGUCUAGUGAAUUAAGUUUUGGAAACUACGUGCGCCAGAAAGAUGGGCAACCAGAGAAGCACGAUUACUCAACGCAUGAGCCUUGGAAAAGUCGCAGGUCCGUCAUCUCUUACCACAUCGCUUCACAUUUGUGGUUGACUGGAAUUCCCUUGAUGUUUUACGAAUUGCGUCAAGAAGAAACAAGUUCAUCUGACCCAAGCUAAAUGGGUUGACAUUUAGCCACCAUGGAGUCGCAAAUUGAAGGUUUCGGAGAUUGCGCUGCAACAGAGAUUUCGGAGGAAUGAGACCGGUGUGAAGAUUUUCGAAUUUUGAAGAAAAAGAAGACAGCUCUACGCCAUUCAACUGGAUAUUGCUGAGGUGGAGACAGCGUUGUUUAACGUGAAGAUGGCAAAGUGGUUUGGCAGUUAGCCACAUUUUGACAAGAUGAAACUUUUUUUCUGACUGUACUUUCACGAUGGAUUUUUUUUUUUUUACGACUGUGGACGCUGGAACACCGUUGCUGGCUGUACAGCGGACUUGAAAAAGUACACUGUUUUUGGAAACAAAAACCAGCCUUUGUACAUUUGAUAUUCAAAUGUUGUUUUUUAAAUAAAGUGUAUCUCGUAUUUUUUUUUUCCUGGCAUUGUUUCUUUAGCUAAUUUCCAGAAAAUUACAAGAGGAUAUUUGGCGUAUUAUUUUGAUAAUGUUGAAGUCCAUUAGCUCGGCUGUUGGUUUUAAAUAUUUCAGCUAAUCCGUACAACAAAUUCAUUUGGUUAGCACUGACUUUGUGUCACUAUACGUCAAGGUUUGACCACAUCAUUUAUAAGCUAGCAUAGUUUACGGUAAACUUCGUACUGGGUUGAUGAAUCUCCUGAUGUAAUGCUCUCUUUUUCGGGUGUUCUACAAAGAAUAUUAUCGCUGGAUUGGUGAGAUAAAGGAAAAGGGGUAAUACAUUAAUGAAUUAAAACAGUUGAAUACACAAAUUUUUGUAAGGUACGUUGCAAGUAGUUAAGAUUUUGGUCUUAACAAAAAUGGUUUCCAAAGACUUUCUAAAAUGGCUCCUGGCUGUCCUCCUUCCUGUCUGAGCAGGAAGUGAUGCAAUUGGUGCAACAGAACAAAUAUACUUUUAUAAAGCCUCUUGGUAUUCUUACCUUUUUUGAAGUGGGGAGUAAAGGUCUCAACUUCAAGUCUGGGGCUGAAAAUAAAUGUAAGUUUAUAUAAAAGCAAAUUUUAAACCUAAUAAAAGGGGUGGGACUUAAACAUCACCUGAGUGUGGGGUAAAUGGAAAUAACGUCAAUCAAAGGCAAAGCUUUCAGAGCUAGGAAGGAGCUCUAGAUGGCGGCUGAGCCUUGGGAAGGGUGCCAUGGGCUUUCGUCAGACCGUUUCUCCUGCCCGUUUUUCGACCGCGACCGCUUGCUUUUGACUAAAAUUUAAGUUCUGUGAUCGUACGAUAGGUGUUUUAUUAAGAAAAUAGGCGUUUUGCGAGGUUUUUGGGCUGAUUUUUCGAGUUGUACGAGCCGUCUGUGCUGAGGGAGUGCUUGUCGUUGUUUUCCAUACUGGUCUCUGGCAGCCAUGGCGCGCCUCCAUUUUUAGUGUGCUGCUCUCCUCUGUCGCUCAGAGUCUGACAGCAGAUGAAGACUUUUAAAGGCCUAUAAUGUUUUCGAAACAAGGCUCUUUUUUGUAAUUUAGCGUCACGUUAUUAUUUUUACAGUUUAUUUUUAUUCGACUCGGAUAGAAGGCUGUGAUAGAUCGAACGUGAAUCUAAUAGUUCUUUUGUAGGUUACCACAUUUCUUCACAUUGAAUUGGUCUGUUUACAUUGUGUAGUGCAUCAUUUACUAAUUUUCUCAUCCUUAAAUCUUAUUUUUCUAACCCUUCAUGCGAUGACGCAGUUGGAAUUAAUUGCAUGCGGCUUGAUCCGUGGACUAUAACGACAUACGUUGGAUAUUUAACGUAUUGUAGCAGCACCUGUCAUUUUCCUUAGAUAUAUUUUAAAUCAGCGAUGUAAAUAAUGAUACUCAAAUCCUUCGAUUUAAUGCCUUUUUUCAUAACUCGUGUCGCACCUCCUGGAUUUUAACUGCCACCUGAGCAAAGGCAAUCUUGUGGGACUUGUAUGAUAGUUCACGCUUCCUCUAACUUUUUGACAGUAAAUUCCAGGACAAAAGACCAUCCUAUUACAGAUUUUCAGGAUACUAUCAUGAUGAAGAAUAAAACUAAAAAACAAGAGGAUGAAGGAUCGACUCAAAGCAACGCAUCAAGCAAUUCAGCCUCAGAGGAAUCCAACAGAUCUGCGUCAGAGUCUGGGAGUCAGUCAGAGAGCGAGCAUGGCAGCGAGCAGAGGAGAUCCCACAAUUCUGAGUCAAACAGCUCCUCAGAGUCAGAGAGUCACUCAGAGUCGGAGAGCGGCUCUGCAGGGUCCAAAUCACAGCAAACCACAGCCGAAGUGAAAGACAAACCAGUUAAAAAGAAGGAGCGUCUGGCUGAUGUGAAGAAGAUGUGGGACGAACAUCCAGAUGUGUAUGGGGUCAGGAGGUCAAAUCGCAGUAGACAGGAGCCGGCUCGUUUAAACAUUGGAGCUGGGGGUAGCAGUGACUCUGAGAGUGAAAGUCCCAAAAGAAAAACAUCCCGAGCUAAGAAGAAAGAAAAUAUCUGGAAAGAUGAUGACUCAAAUGAUGAAGAGGAGGAGGAGGAGGAGGAGGCUUCCAACAGUACAGACAGUGAGCAGGAAGAGAAAAAAGUUAGAUCCAGACGACUUCCUGCUAGAAGACCUCAGACCAAAUCAUCAACAGCCAAAAAACAGCUGUCUCAAAAAGGCAGGAAGUCUAGGAAUCAGGACUCAUCUGCUGAAGAAGAUGACGACGAUGACGACGACGAUGAUGACGAGGACGACGACGAAGACACUCCAAAGAGACAGACUCGGAAAAGGGGUGCAACAAAAGUCAAAAGUUAUAAAGAGGACCAACAUGACUUUGAAACGGACUCUGAUGACCUGAUUGAAAUGACGGGGGACGCAGGCGAGGAACAGCAGGAUGAUGACAGUGAGACCAUUGAGAAGGUUAUGGACACCAGGACAGGCAAAAAAGGAGCCACUGGGGCUUCCACCACUGGGUAUGCUGUGCAGGAAAAUGGGGACCCGAAUGAAGGCUUUGACCCCGAGAAUGAUGAAGGGGAGACUCACUAUCUGAUCAAGUGGAAGGGCUGGUCCUACAUCCACAACACAUGGGAGAGCAUGGACUCUCUGAUUCAGCAAAAGGUCAAGGGACUAAAGAAACUGGACAACUACAAAAAGAAGCACGAUGAGCUCAGUUCAUGGUUGAAGAGAGCGUCCCCUGAGGAUGUAGAAUUUCAUAACUGCCAACAGGAGCUCAUAUCUGAUCUAAACAAGCAGUUUCAGAUUAUUGAGCGGAUUAUCGCAACAAAAACAGGAAAGACACCAGGCACUGCUGAAUUCCCCUCUCAUAGUCACAAGAUGCCCUCCUCCAAUGAGCCGGAGUAUCUAUGCAAGUGGAUGGGAUUGCCCUACUCAGAGUGCAGCUGGGAAGAUGGAGCUUUGAUUGGAAAGAAGUUUCAGCACUGCAUCGACAGCUUCAUAAACCGAAACUCCAGUAAAACCGUCCCCUCUAAAGACUGCAAGGUGUUAAAGCAAAGACCCAGGUUUGUUCCUCUGAAGAAACAGCCAUCAUAUAUUGGAGAUGACAUCCUUCAGCUGAGAGAUUAUCAGCUGGAUGGGUUGAACUGGUUGGCUCACUCCUGGUGCAGGUGUAACAGCGUUAUCCUCGCUGAUGAGAUGGGGCUCGGAAAGACCAUCCAGACCAUCUCCUUCCUGUCGUACAUGUUUCACCAACAUCAGCUGUAUGGACCCUUUAUAGUGGUGGUGCCUCUGUCCACUCUCACCUCCUGGCAGAGGGAGUUUGAAACCUGGGCCCCGGACAUGAACGUGGUGGUCUACCUCGGGGAUGUCAUGAGCAGGAAAUCGAUCCGUGACUACGAGUGGGUGAACCAUCAAACGAAAAGAAUACGUUUCAAUGCACUAUUAACCACUUAUGAAAUUCUACUUAAAGACAAGGGGGUGCUUGGGAACAUCAACUGGGCGUUUCUGGGUGUGGAUGAAGCUCAUAGGCUGAAGAAUGACGACUCCCUGCUGUACAAAACAUUAAUGGAGUUCAGGUCCAACCACAGGCUCCUCAUUACUGGCACUCCGCUGCAGAACUCCCUCAAAGAGCUCUGGUCACUGUUGCACUUCCUCAUGCCUGACAAGUUUGCUUCCUGGGAGGAUUUUGAGGAAGAACACGGGAAAGGAACGGAUAACGGUUAUCAUAGUCUUCACAAAGUCCUCGAGCCCUUCCUUCUGCGACGUGUCAAGAAAGAUGUGGAAAAAUCUCUCCCUGCUAAGGUGGAACAGAUCCUCCGUGUAGACAUGACGGCACAGCAGAAACAAUUCUACAAGUGGAUUUUAACGAGGAAUUACAGAGCUCUUUUCAAAGGCACCCGAGGCAGCUCCUCUGGCUUCCUGAACAUAGUUAUGGAGCUUAAGAAGUGCUGCAACCACGGUUUCCUCAUUAAACAGCCUGAGGAUCCAGAAACUGAAACCCAACAGGAACACCUGCAGAGUCUAGUGAGGGGCAGCGGGAAGCUGGUGCUGCUGGACAAGCUGCUGACCAGACUCAGAGAAAGAGGCAACCGAGUCCUGAUCUUCUCCCAGAUGGUCAGGAUGUUGGACAUUCUGGCUGAAUACCUCGCCAAGAAGCGCUACACAUUCCAGCGGCUGGACGGUUCCAUAAAGGGAGAAAUCCGAAAGCAAGCACUUGACCACUUUAAUGCAGAAGGCUCAGAGGACUUCUGCUUCCUGUUGUCCACCAGAGCUGGAGGUUUAGGAAUAAACUUGGCCUCAGCAGACACCGUAGUCAUCUUUGACUCUGACUGGAACCCUCAAAACGACCUGCAAGCACAAGCCAGGGCUCACAGGAUCGGCCAGAAGAAGCAGGUAAAUAUUUAUCGACUGGUCACCAAAGGGACAGUGGAGGAGGACAUUAUUGAGAGGGCAAAGAAGAAGAUGGUUUUGGACCAUCUUGUCAUUCAGAGAAUGGACACCACUGGUCGAACUGUACUGGACAGCAACUCGGGAAACACAAAUUCAAACCCGUUCAAUAAAGAAGAACUGACUGCUAUCCUCAAGUUUGGUGCAGAGGAGCUUUUCAAAGAGGCAGAAGGAGAGGAGUCUGAACCACAGGAGAUGGAUAUUGAUGAGAUCUUGAGGCUGGCUGAAACAAGAGAAAGUGACCAGGGCUCAAGUGCUACGGAUGAACUUCUAUCUCAGUUUAAGGUGGCCAAUUUCUCCAGCAUGGAGGAGAGCACGCCAGAGUUUGCGGAUAAGUCCAUACGGGAAUGGGAUGAUAUCAUCCCUGAAGAGCAGCGACGCAAAAUAGAGGAGGAGGAGAAGCAGCGGGAGAUGGAAGACAUCUUCAUGCUGCCUAGAAGCAGGAGCUCUAACAAGAGGGCUCAGGCCAACGAUAGUGACAGCGACGUGGGCUCCAAGCUGAAGCACCGCUCCUCAGGCUCUGAAAGUGAGACUGAUGAUAGCGAUGACGACAAGAGGCCGAAGAAGAGAGGCAGACCCAGAGCUCGCAAAAACAAUGUGGAGGGCUUCACUGAUGCGGAGAUCCGCAGGUUCAUUAAGGCAUACAAGAAAUUUGGAUCUCCACUCGAAAGGUUGGAGGCCAUCGCCCGAGAUUCUGAGCUGGUUGACAAAUCCAUAGCAGACCUGAAGAGACUUGGUGAACUGAUCCAUACUAGUUGUGUGACUGCAGUGCAGGAGCACGAGGAACACCUUAAGGAGAACCCAGUUGAGGCCAAAGGUCCUGGGAAACGCCGAGGAAUUAACAUCAAGAUCUCAGGAGUGCAGGUCAACGCCAAGUCCAUCAUCCAGCACGAGGAAGAGUUUGAGCCCCUGCACAAAGUUGUGCCCUCCAAUCCUGCUGAGAGAAAUAAGUUCAAUCUGACAUGCAGGGUCAAGGUAGCCCACUUUGAUGUAGACUGGGAUCUGCAGGAUGACAUUCAGCUCUUGCUUGGUACUUAUGAGCACGGCUUUGGGAACUGGGAUCUGAUCAAGACGGACCCUGACCUUAAACUCGCUGAUAAGAUUCUCCCAGACGAUCCAAGCAAAAAGCCCCAGGCCAAGCAGUUGCAGGCGAGAGCUGAGUAUCUUCUGAAGCUGCUGAAGAAAGAACAGGACAGUACAGACGGGUCUAAAACAGGGGAGGAGGUCAAAGUGAGGAAGAGGAAGCCUCGGGUGAAAAAGGAGAAGAUUCUCAAGGAUGAGCAGGGCAACGACAUCUCCUCCCCCCGCCUGUCCGACAACCCGUCAGAGGAGGGCGAGGUCAAGGAUGAUGGAACAGAGAAGUCUCCCGCCAAGAAAAGACAAAAGAAAAAGGAUAACAAGGAGAACAAAGAAAAACAGGGAACUCCUAAAAAGGAGAAGGACGGAGACAAAGAAAAAAAGGGUCCCAAGCCCAGAAAAGAGAAGGCUAAAGGAGCCAAAGGGAAGAAGACUCAAGGUCCAGUUCACAUUACGGCUGGGUCUGACCCCAUUCCCAUUGAAGGAAAGGAGGAUGAUGAACUCGACCAGGAGACUUUUAGUAUUUGUAAGGAGCGCAUGAGGCCGGUGAAAAAGGCCCUGAAGCAGCUGGAUAAACCAGAUGAGGGUCUGUCGGACCAGGAGCAGCUCCAGCACACUCGCACAUGCCUACUAAAGAUUGGAGACCGAAUCUCAGAGUGCCUUAAAGCCUACAGUGACCCUGAACAUGUCAAAAUAUGGCGGAGAAACCUCUGGAUUUUUGUGUCCAAGUUUACAGAGUUUGGUGCAAGGAAGCUUCACAAGCUUUACAAGAUGGCACAGAAGAAGCGAUCACACGAGGAAGAGAAGGAGCAAAAGAAGAAGGAUGAUUCUGGAGGGAGGGUGAAAAACUUCAGACCAGAGUCCUGUGGUUCCAGUCGAGACUCCACGGGUACGUCGUCCUCCAAACCUGGCUCUCACUCGACUCAGCCAGGCCCUCACGGACACCACAGAGAGUCGUACAACUCGGCUAAUAAGCGGCACUUUAGCAAUGAUGAUAGAGGAGACUGGCAGAGGGACCGUAAAUACAAUUACCCAAGUAACAGCAACCAGUCAUGGCAGGGAGACCGACAUCAUCAGUAUGACCGCUAUAAGGAUCACUAUGGGGAUCGACGUCCACAUGGAGACUCGUACCGCAGCUCAGGCAGUUACCGCAACAACAGCUCCCCUCGAAAAAGGCCAUAUGAGCAGUACAGCAACGACCGGGACCACAGGGGUCAUAGACCAUAUUAUGACAGGCAUUCGGACCCCAAGAGAAGACGUCCGGAUGAAUUCCGUCCCAACUACCACCAGGGAAGAGAAGGCCCUCUUCAGGACUUCAGGAGGAUGCCAGAGCACAGGCCGGCCGGUCCAGCCGGGCCAGAGCACUACAGCAGGCCCUUCCACCCUGACAAACCUCCUCCGCCGCAGGACCCUCGCUCCCCACAGGCUCAGAAGUCUCCCCAGGACUCCCGCUCUCCGCCAGAGCGGCCUGCAGAGCCAAACGCAGUGGCAGAUCCUAACUGGAACAACAGGAAAACAUAAAAGUAUGACAGUGCUGGCUAAGAAACUGAUCUGGGCGUCCACGGUCAAAGCCACAUACAUGCUGCUGAUGGACAAGUCUGGACUCGCCAAUCAUAAGCUCACAGUUGGAAAGGGAAUCAACAUGAACCCUCUUUACCAGCAAAACUAUUUAGCUCUUUUCUCCCAGUGGCUGUGAAUGAUUUGUGACCUGAAGGAAGAGGUUUGUUUUCCUCUUGUCAUCUUCAAGAUGGAAAAAAAACCCAACUAAAACAAGCAUCUUUAUUUAAAUGAAUGGACUCAAAUCAGUUAACCACGGUAAGACUGAAUGGAGUGCUAAUGGAUGCUUAGUCCCAUGGACUAUUUUCUAAGGAGAAUUUAGGAUACAUGAACUGAUGACUGAUCUUAAUCCUAAAAGUGCCUGAAGGCUUUGGCCUUUCUGAAUGGUAAAUGUAUGGGAUUAUUCCCAAAGGAAGCAUGACAUGGGAAUUAUUUUUUAUUUUUUUUUGUGUUUAGCUUUAAGUCUUGCAAAUGAUGUCAUUAGACGAUUUCGAUACAAAAGAAUGUGUUCAUCAUCAUCUGCACCUUCAAAAUGUAGCUGAACUGAAUCACCGUGUGGUUUAAAAUGGCGGUGUAUGUUUCCUCUAAACACUCUACAAAAAGGUUUUUAGCAAAUUCAAAUUGCUCAUGUGUACAAAUCAUUAUUUCUGUAAUUGUGUAGCUACAUAAAUCAUUGCAAUCGUCUUGCUUUGUUCACUUUAACCACUUUCCCUCUUAGUAGGCCCAAUGAAGCUUUGUAAGCAGUAUUUAUUGCAAAAACUUUUGCAAAGGCUGUUAACACUAUGACUUAGAACAAUCCUUUAUUUUUGCCUUUCAGUAUUCUGAUGGUUAAGAACGGUACUUCAGUGUAAUUUCAUUAAUGCAUCUAGCCACCUACAGUAUGUAGUACUCAAUUAUGUCUGAAAAUACUAUGUGAUAAAACAUUUUCUUUCCUUAUCUAUGGUUGGGCAAUGCUGUUGCUGGUAGGUUGUUAAAGGGUUAUCAGGAAGUUGCUGAUUACAUUUGGUUAUGUUUAUUACCUUUGGUCACUCUUUUCCUGUGCCAAACCUGCUCUGGCUCUCAGAUUUCUUUUUUUACGCUUCUCCAUUUGUGCCUUAUUUAUGUGAAUAUUAUCAUACUGUAUAUUGUUCGUGGACAGUACUGGGGCCUAAAACAGGCAGGAUGUAGUAUUACUCAUUUUUAGGAAAUUGCUCUAAAUGAACUUGUUAAGGGACUACGUAUUCUGGUAAUCAUCAUGUGGUUCUGUGAUUUUUCAAAAGAGUUGAUGAUUUGAGGGGAAAACAUAAAUCUAAAGAAAUCAUGUGUGUUCGGGCCAGGGCACUUAGCCGACCUGUUACAGUGAACAGCCAGCACAUCUUUUCUUCCAUGUUAAGCAAGCUACAGUUCCUGUAUCAUAUGUUCUUCAAGAAAGUCUAAAUAAUUUAUAUUUGUGACAAAACCACUCUUCAUGAGAAAUGUGCUGUACAUAUGUUUGGACAUAUGUAAUAAACUUUGUUACACAAUGAAAA